ACAUGAAGAAAGAAAUUGUUCAGAGUGAAUUUCAACACUUACAAACAGAAGGGAAUAUUAAACUAUAUAUACAUAUCAAACACAAUACCCAGAGCCACCAUAGUUUCUCAUUGCAAACGAAUCGACUUUCAGAAUACUUAGGAGAAAGGAGAAGCCAUGAACCGCACUACUAGGAGGAUGCUGGGAAACUCCAAUUCUACUGAACAAGACCUUUAUCCUGCUUCUUUUGAUACACUGAGGGCAAUAGACGAGGCCAUCAGAUUAAACAACCUCCGCUUAACAAGUUUACCAGCACAACCUCGUACACCACAUCAAAUUCUUGUAUUAGAUGAUGAUAUUGCGAGAGGGUUGAGCCUCAGGUCGAGACAGCUUGUCUCAGAAUCCUAUCCAAGCCUUGCUGGCCAAAGAACUAGACAGGUUCCUACAUAUCAAGAGCAGUCCAGAUUUACUCACGAUGAGCAGAACAAGGCCUUCAAGAAGCUAAGGAAAGAAUUUUAUAUUCCUAAGCCAAAGAGGAUUGUAAUGAGAUUGUACUACAGAGAAAAUCCCAAAAAUUAUAUCAAUGAGCAGGAUGAAGGUCGUGAGAGGUGUGCCAUUUGCUUGGAAGAUUUCGAGAUAGAGGAGGUGGUUGUCACCCCAUGCAACCACAUGUUCCAUGAGGAAUGCAUUAUUCCCUGGGUGAAGAGCCAUGAUCAGUGCCCAGUCUGCCGGUUUGCCGGUUUGCAAUAGGUGAUGGAAGGUGAAACAGCUAUAGGGGUGGUGGGGUGGUGUGAAUAGGGGUUUUUUAAAACAAUUAGAGAUGAUAUCUCACAAAUAGUCACAA